UUUAUAUAGGGUCCCAUUCUUGUAUCAUAAAUCUCCCUGUUAAGGCUGUAAGAUAGGACUCCUGCACCUCACAUCAUCAUGGAGAUGACCGAUGGAGCAGGUGUUCUGACCCAAAAGAAUGAUUAUUCAGUGUGGGCGAUUCCACCUGAAGAUGUGAGAGAAAGGCUGAAGAAGUUGAUGGGGGGUCUUAGAUCAGAGUUCGGUGGGCCUGAGAUAUUCCAGCCACAUAUAACUGUUGUCGGUGCUAUGAGCUUAACGGAGCAGGAAGCUUUGGAGAAGUUCAGGUCAGCUUGUGAAGGGCUCAAGCCUUAUCAUGCGAAGGCUGAUAGUGUAGUUGCCGGGGCUUUUCCUUCUCAGUGCCUUUAUUUGCUCUUUCAGUCAACGCCUGAGGUCAUGGAUGCCAGUGCACACUGCUGUAGGCAUUUUGGAUACAAGAGGUCUAAUCAGUACAUGCCCCGUCUUAGCCUUCUUUACGGGACUCUAACAAAAGAAGAGAAGAAGAAGGCUCAAGAAAAAGCUUAUCUUCUUGAUGAGAGCAUCAAUGGCAUGAACUUCCAGGUAAGUCGCCUGGCUUUGUGGAUAACAGACCGUGAAGACAAAGGAAAUUUGGAAACGUGGAAGCUGAUUGCUGAGUGCAGCCUUAGCCCCAACUAGUUCUUCAAUUCUUCUUUCUCAAGGCAUAUAGUUAGAAUAAGACAUACCACCAAGUGCUCUUCAGCUGUAUGAGCACUUGGUUGGGUAUGCAAAUUUAUUACCAGUGGACUUAGCUGGGCAGGAAAUUUGCUUUUUUAUGUACUAGAAUGCUAUAUAUCAUGACUUUAAUGAAUACAGUAUAGAUUUAUUCAGCAA